AUGAGCGGAGCCGGUAAGAAAAUCGCCGAUGUUGCUUUCAAAGCUUCGAGGACUAUAGAUUGGGAUGGUAUGGCUAAGGUCCUUGUCACCGAUGAGGCUCGCCGAGAGUUUUCUAAUCUCCGUCGUGCUUUCGAUGAGGUUAACACACAGCUCCAGACCAAGUUUAGUCAGGAACCUGAACCCAUUGAUUGGGAUUUCUACAGAAAGGGUAUUGGGUCUGGCAUUGUGGACAUGUACAAGGAAGCUUAUGACAGCAUUGAGAUUCCCAAGUACGAGGAUAAAGUUACCCCUGAAUACAAGCCAAAGUUUGAUGCGUUGUUGGUGGAACUGAAAGAAGCAGAACAGAAAUCGCUGAAGGAGUCUGAACGGUUGGAGAAAGAAAUUGCUGAUGUCCAAGAGAUAAGCAAAAAGCUCAGCACCAUGACUGCAGAUGAGUACUUUGAGAAGCACCCAGAACUCAAGAAGAAGUUUGAUGACGAAAUCCGUAAUGACUACUGGGGAUACUGA